AUGGAGGGCUCAGCGUUACUUCUAAUGAAACAGUUGCGAGAGUUUAAUCGACACCCUGUCGAAGGUAUUAGCGCAGGACUAAUUGACGAAUCUAAUCCGUAUGCUUGGAACGUUAUUCUCGUUGGACCUACGGAUACUUUAUAUGAGGGAGGGUUUUUCAAAGCGCGGCUAGAUUUUCCAAAAGAAUAUCCCAUAAAGCCACCAAAGAUGAAAUUCGUAUCGGAAAUUUGGCAUCCGAAUAUCGAAAAGAACGGCGAUGUGUGCAUAUCAAUACUUCACGAACCUGGAGUAGAUCAAUUUGGUUAUGAACGAGCAUCAGAACGUUGGUCGCCAGUGCAAUCAGUUGAAACUAUACUUCUCUCAGUCCUUUCGAUGUUAAGUGAUCCCAAUUGUGAUUCAGCAGCGAACAUCGAUGCAUCAAUAAUGUGGCGAGAUGACCGAGCAGCAUUUAAGAAAAAAAUCCGCGAAUGUGUACGGAAAACUCUGGAAGAUAUAUGA